AGCUGAGUGUAGUUGCCGGUACUAGUUACAUCAACGGCAACGAAAUUUCAUGCCUUUUCCCGUUAUAAGAACACUCGAUUUAUGGUUCAAGAUCUAAUAGAUAGUCUAUAGAUCAUUUCUGUGAUAUUCUCGAACUUAUUAUGGCAGGCAGACUCGCCUUGAAACAAUUUUUCUCCAGAAGUAUUUGUGACCCGAGGAACUUUCUGAGGAAAACAUGGCUGCCGGUUGACAGCAGAAUUCUUGUUUGUGGUCUCAAACAAUCAACCACUGCAGGCGCCCAUCCUGGUGGGUUUUUUGGAGACCUGCAACCUGGACACAAGGAUGAUAGUGUUAGACAGCUCCCCACCCCUGGGGACUCGCUCCAUGAUGACGGAUACACUAGUGACUCUAAGCUACGCAGCGUGGAAGACAUCCUUUUCGACAUUCUGUGCGAUUCAAAUCAAAAAGUCUCUAUCAAUAAAUUUAUCAAUGCACUGCAGUCUUCGGGACUCCGGAAGACAGACCCCAGAUUAAAGGAAUCGAUGCGUCACUUCCUCAACGUACAAAAGCAAGUUGCUGAAUUCGAUAAUUUCGACGGAGUUUUAAUAGACCGGGAAACGUUUAAAGAGUGCGUCCAAGACAAUGUGGUGCUUAUUGGCCGAGCUUUCCGGAAUCAGUUUGUCGUCCCAGAAUUCCCUGUUUUCACGCAACAGGUGGACAACCUCUACUGGAAAUGUCGGACUAAUACAACUGGAAAGAUCGCUGACUAUAUUCCACAACUCGCCCGGACGAGUCCCGACUUCUGGGGCGUGUCGCUGUGUACAGUUGAUGGGCAAAGACAUUCGAUAGGGGACACCGAGAACCCAUUCUGUCUCCAGUCGGUCAGUAAGCCGUUAAACUAUGCGGUAGCUCUGCAUGAGUUGGGACAGGAGAUCAUUCAUCAAUACGUGGGUCAGGAACCAAGCGGGCGAUCAUUCAAUGAACUCUCUCUCAAUCCGCAGAGAAAGAUUGGGCCAACUUCAUACUGGAAAAAGCCACCAGAAAUUACAGAUGAACCAGUCAAAAAUCGGCCUCACAACCCGAUGAUCAACGCUGGAGCGAUUGUAUUGUGUUCACUUCUCAAGAACGAGAUGAAGUUAGCCGACAGAUUUGAUUAUAUCUUCCAACAGUAUAAGAGAUUUUGUGGAGGGGAAUAUCUUGGUUUUAGUAACCCAACGUUUUUAUCGGAGAAGGAUACAGCUGAUCGUAACUUUGCCCUUGGUUAUUACAUGAAGGAGAACAAAUGUUUUCCUGAAGGAUCGAAUCUCAUGGAGACGAUGGACUUCUACUUCCAUUUAUGCUCGGUAGAAAUGAAUUGCGAAUCGGCCUCUGUGGCCGCCGCUACUCUUGCUAACGGCGGGAUCUGCCCGACGACGGGCGAACGGGUCCUCGACUCGAACGCCGUCAGGAAUACUCUCUCUCUCAUGUAUUCAUGCGGCAUGUAUGAUUACUCUGGACAGUUUGCUUUCAAGGUUGGCCUCCCAGCCAAGUCGGGUGUUUCCGGUGCAAUUAUAGUUGUGAUACCUAAUGUGAUGGGAAUGUGUUUAUGGUCUCCGCCCCUCGAUGGCUUAGGGAACAGUUGCCGUGGAAUCCAAUUCUCGGAGGAAUUGGUUCAACUCUACAACUUCCAUAAUUAUGACAAUUUGAAACAUACCUCGAAGAAGUUGGAUCCCCGACGGCGGUCUGGUGAUAACAAGGCUCAACAGAUCGUGAAUUUAUUGUUUGGUGCUUUUAACGGGGACGUCACAGCUAUGAGAAGGUAUGCAUUGUGGGGAAUCGAUAUGGGGAUGUCUGACUACGACGGGCGAACGGCUUUACAUCUGGCAGCAGCUGAAGGACAUCUGGAGACGGUCGCGUUCUUGGUGGAGAAAUGUGGCGUAUCAGUCACGCCUAAAGACAGAUGGGGCUUUGUUCCUCUCGACGAUGCAAAACGAUUCGAACACACUCGCGUGGAGGCAUAUUUACAAGAACACAUGGACCGAUUACAAGGGGAAGACGGGGACCAAGACACCAAAACAGAAUAAAUGGAAUAGCGGCACAAUCAUCUGCUACGGGGGCAGAGUCUCAUGGCAAUAUUGUUACUUUGCGGGUCAAAUUGUUUUAUGAUCUCGGAUUGCCUUCACUGAUUUUAGUGUUUUCAUAUGAAAAAUGGCAAUUCCUUUUCCAUUUUCUGGUUGUCGUGGCCCAAUCCACAUAAAAACUCGGGCAGGGAGGACAUGUAACGGCUGUGGAUAUUUUUCGUGAAAAAAUGUGGACAUUUUUAGCACAAAAAUGCUUCCAGUGCUUUAAAUAAUAAUUAUAAAUAAUGUAAAGGAUGUAAAUAUCAUGUAAAUUAAAUCUGAAAAAUGUAUUAAAGGUUACCUACUUGGUUGAGAUUGAUAGCGUAUUAUUAACCCUUGGCAUCACAGUCCCCAUUCAAACCGAAAACUUUUUGUGCACAAUUUUGCGCAUUCAUAUCCAAGCGCUUUUGAAUGGGAACCGGGAUUUGGGUAUAUUUGGGAACAAUGUCAUACCACACCAUGACUUGGAGGUUUUGGUCAAUGGUGUUUCAUCCUGUUUGUUGACAUAGCUGCGGGCCGUGCCUAUAGAAUAAACUGCCACCAGCCCUCAGGGCAGAGACAAGCAUUGAACAGUUCAAGAGUCAGUUAAAAACGCUACUUUUCAACAAGUGGAGAGGGGCGCUUUGAGCGUGGUUUAACCGCGGAAAGGCGCGAUACAAAUGACAUUUAUUAUUAUUAUUGUAUAGAUGACUUCCAUGACAUAAUGACAGACUGACACCUUUAAACGCAUCAAAGCAACGUCGUUUUACCAUAUGGUGAAGAGUGGAGUUUACCAGAUGUCACAAGCGAUGUGGUGCUCUUGUGUUUUCUGACGUCAGCCUGCCAUUACGUCACUGACAUCAUCUUUUUUAAUGAAGAUUUUUUUCAAAUAUAAAAAUGGUGUCAGUACUUUCUGUGCAGUAAACACGGUUUGAACUAUUGUUCAUUGAUGCGUGAAGUGCUUUUGACAUAUCUUGUUUGAAUUGUUAUUGUGUGAGAGUUAUAACCCCCACUACCCUGAGAAUUACACUUGUUUCUAUCAAUGAGCCGGAGGCUAUUAGUCUCCCCCUCGAAGUAAGUUUGCAACUUUUGUUUUCAAUACUCGUAGCAUUUUGCCACGAAAAUCUCUUUACCUGUUAACAAGUGGACUUAUCUUACUUGUAUCGUUACUUGCAUAAUAUACAGUUCAUAUUAUCACCAGUCUAAUCAACCCCAGUUAAGAGUUGCUCAUAUGAUGAAUACUAUUCGGUGAGAUGCAUGUAGGCCCUAUUUUUUUGGCCGCGGCUAUUCUUACGACGAUCCCUAAUGCAUUUUACAUACAAACUACUGGUUAUUCUUACGACGAUCAUUUUCACCUUUUUGGGCCUUAAUCCUAACCCUGACGCUCACCCUGACCCUAACACUUACUCCUAGUGCCAACCCUGACCCUAACCCUUCCUUUACACUAGUCUUAUCUCCCUAGAUCCUCAGUUUAAUCUCUGAAAUCGCAUAAAUCCUAAGUUACGACUAGUCGUAAGAAUAGCCACUUUGUAUUGUUAAUGUAAUCAUUGGACUUUUUUAUUAUGUAUUGAUGUUUUGUUUUUAAGUGCUUCAAUUCUAAUUUGUGUUGAAGUCGUGGACCAUCGGGACAGUUCUCAGUGCUAUUAGUCGCUUCAACCAAACCUUGACAGAUUGUCUAACUAGAAAGUACGCAAGGAGGACAGGUGUUGAUUGCUCCACAGUUGAGGGGCAAUGGUCUUUUUUGGGACAUUUGGAAUGCCUGUAAAUGACCCGGUUUUCAAUGGCGACUGGUAACCAUGGUUACAAAGUCACAUGGUUGCACAUUGGCCAUGAAUGCAGUGUUGUGACUAACGUGUACAUGUACCUAUGCAUUGAGUCUUUCUAAGUUGUGAUUUUCAUUUGUAUGAUAUUGAUAAACAAAAAGAAGGACUUUGAGUGAGAAAGACAUGAUAAGUUGUUUUGAAGUAAUAAAUGAAUGAACCUAAUGUUUCUUUUA